AUAUACUGGUCGAUAGUCUUCUAAUGCAGCUUUAAACAUGAAGUUCCUGUUUGUUAUCUGUCUACUUGCACACAUCUGCUUAGUAUCUUCUGCUGCUAAUAAAAACAUUCCUUUGGUAGUUAUUACAUGGGAUUAUGAAGGAGCUACACAGAAAGCAUGGAAUAUUUUGAACAAUGAAAAGAGAAGUGCUUUAGAUGCCAUAGAAGAAAGCUGCAGUCUCUGUGAGCAGCAAAGAUGCAGGAAAACUGUGGGAUAUGGAGGCAGUCCAGAUGAGUCUGGAGAAACCACUCUAGAUGCCCUAAUUAUGGAUGGGGUUACCAUGGAUGUAGGUGGUGUAGGACUUUUAAGAAAUGUUAAAAAUGCAAUUUCUGUUGCUCGCAAGGUAUUGCAUAAUACUAAACAUUCUUUGAUUGGUGGAGAAUUGGCCACACAAUUUGCACUGGAAAUGGGAUUCAAGGAAGAAUCCUUGCAGACAGUAGAGUCAAAGAAAAUGUGGGAAGAUUGGAGAGAUAAUAAUUGCCAGCCCAAUUAUUGGAAGAAUGUGGUUCCAGACCCAAAACGAACCUGCGGCCCAUACCGUUCAGCAAACAUAACAGAAAACAGUUUGAAAGACCAUGAAUCACAUGUGACAGAAGAAAACCAUGACACAAUUGGAGUAGUAGCUAUAGAUUCGAAUGGACACAUAGCAGCUGGUACAUCGACAAAUGGCGCCAGAAAUAAAAUUCCUGGCCGCAUUGGGGAUUCACCCAUUGCAGGUGCAGGUGCAUACGCUGAUCAAAAAGUUGGUGCAGCAGCUGGUACUGGUGAAGGUGACAUCAUGAUGCGCUUUUUACCCAGUUUCCUGGCGGUGGAGGAAAUGCGUCGUGGCGCUACUCCCACCGAAGCAGCAACCACAGCAAUCGCUAGAAUUGCCGAACACUAUCCUACAUUUACUGGCGCAGUGAUUACAAUAAAUAAAAAUGGAGAAUACGGAGCUGCGUGCAACGGAAUCACUCGUUUCGCUCAUUAUGUUGCUAAUCCCAAAUUAGGGAAACCAACUUUGCGUUAUGUGAACUGCAUAGAUGCCACAUAUCAAGCGUAUGUAAAGGAACAAUACACAACAAAAAUGCCAGAAACAACGGAAGAGGACAUGGGGAUGUCGGUUCGUUUGACAAACGACGACUUCAGAAAAUUGUUGAUGACUCCAAGAGCAUCUGUUCCAUCUGCCACUCCUGCUUCUGUACCUGGUACUGCUCGAGAUGCCAGUGCAAAAACUGCACAGACUCCCAAUGUCAGUGGUGGUAGCCGAGCAGAGCUGAGAAGGAAGAAGAAAAGCUUCUAUGCCAAGCUGAAGAAGCAGGAAGAGGAUAAGAUGGCAGAAUUGGCAGAAAAGUACAGAGACAGGGCAAGAGAACGUAGGGAUGGUACAAAUCAGGAUUAUCAGGCAGAGGAUCCCAUGAAUAGUGCCAGUGCAUACCGUGCUGUUGCACCAGAUUUGAAGUCUGGAAUGGAUGCAGCUGAACGUAGGAGACAGAUGAUUCAACAAUCUAAAUUCUUGGGUGGUGAUAUGGAACACACUCACUUGGUGAAAGGGUUGGAUUAUGCUCUCCUUCAAAAGGUAAGGAGUGAAAUAGAGGCAAAGGAGCAUGAACAGGAACAAGAAAUGGAAAAACUAGUAAAACCAAAGGAUAAGAAGGAGAAAAAGGAGGGGGAAAAGAAGGAUGAUGAGAUGCAGUUUAAGACCAAAAUAGGACGUAAUAUAUAUAGAACCAUAAUGACUAUGAAGUCCAAACAAAUUGAAAGAAAUGAAUUAUUCACACCUGGUAGAAUGGCUUAUGUAAUCGAACUGGAUGAUGAAAAUACGGACGUGGAUAUACCGACUACGUUAAUCAGAAGCAAAGCGGACGUGCCUACCAUAGACAAUACUCCGACCUUAACAACAAACGACAUUGUAAUAAAUAAAUUAGCGCAAAUCUUGUCGUAUCUGAGACAAGGCAAUCGUCAUGGGAAGAAGGGAAAGAAGAAUAAGGAUGGAAGGUCCAGACCUGAUGAUAUGAAUGACAUGGACAUUGCACCAAGGCCCCAAGAUGAAAGCAUUUAUGGAGACAUUGGUGAUUAUGUACCAACAAUUGGCAAGAAAGAUUCAAAUCAACAAAGAGAGAAAAAAAAGAGCUCUUACUUUGACAAACCAGAAAACAGCAUGGACACAGAUGACAAAGCAAAUACUCCACAGUUACCAAGUGUUGCACCUUCCAGUACAGAGAACAAUGCUCCAAAGAAAGGUGCAUUGCUCAAUAAACUGGCUGCAGAGCCAGAAGGUUAUGCAGAGUGUUACCCAGGUCUGGACGAGAUGCAGGAUGCCAUUGAUGACUCUGAUGAUGAGGUAGAUUACACCAAAAUGGAUCUUGGCAAUAAAAAAGGUCCCAUUGGUAGGUGGGACUUUGAUACACCUGAAGAAUAUAGCGAGUACAUGAACAACAAAGAAGCUUUGCCAAAAGCAGCAUUCCAGUAUGGAGUAAAAAUGGCUGAUGGAAGGAGGACAAGAAAAUACAACAAAGAGAAGAACGAGAAAGCUGAAUUAGAUAGAGAAUGGCAGAAGAUCCAGAACAUUAUGAACAAAAGGAAACCCACGACUGUGUUGGAUGGUACUUCAGAAUUCAAAGUACCUAGAUACUGA